AUCAAACUCCAGAAUUCUUCUUUCUCCCAUUCAGGUCCUCAUCCACUUCUCUCUCUGUUUCUCACUGGGAAGAAAACAAUAGUCAAUCAGAGAAGAACCUCAUGAACCCCACAAAAACUCUUACAUCAACUUAGCCCCUACCCGCCCUUUGUGAAACACUUCUCUAUCUCUGUUUUUCUAUUACUUGGCAAAUUAAAGAUUUUAUUUUAAAAAGAAUUUUUCUUGUGUUUCUCUCUCUUCCCCACCUUCCUCUCUUUCUUUUUUAAGUUUGGAAGAAGAGACUAGGGGGGAAGAGAUGAAGAUGGGGUUGAGAAGUUAGAAAACAAAGAAGAAGAAAAAAAAUAAAUAUCAGUUUUCUUGAACCCACCAACAAAAUUCUUGAUUACCCCACCCACCCCCACAUUCCAACCCAGGUCCAGGCCACCACACACUCUCUCUCUGUCUCUCUCUCCCCUAAAAAAAACCCCAAAAUAUGGAACUCACUGAUUUACAAAACAACAAUACAAAUAGUAAUAGUAAACAACAAAGUACCACCAAUAAUACCACCCCUUCUCCACCUCUACACCACCACCAGCAACAUCCGUACCAGCUACUCUCCCAGCACCACCACCACCAGCAGCUUCAACAACAACAACAGCAACAUGGGAGAUCAUCAGUUCCUUUUAUGACCUCUAUUUCUAUCCAACCUUCUGUACCAGCUGGGCUUACUAAUUCUGCAAGUCCUACUGCUGCUAGUGCUUCUCCGUCUACUUCAUCUCCUACUCCACCGCAGCAGCAGCCACCUCACCAAGUCGAUGCUUCUCUCGCAAUUGCCACUAGAUCCGACUCCUUAAUUGACCCAAAUAAGAAAUCUCAGCUGCUGGCAAUACAACAAACACAACUUGUGCAACAACAGCCGCAGCAACCACCGCCUAAGCGACAAACAAAGGAUCGGCACACCAAAGUUGACGGCCGAGGGCGCCGCAUCCGAAUGCCAGCAGCCUGUGCAGCUAGGGUUUUCCAAUUGACCCGAGAAUUAGGCCAUAAGUCCGAUGGGGAAACUAUUGAAUGGCUCUUACAGCAAGCCGAGCCAGCCAUCAUCGCUGCCACUGGCACCGGCACAAUCCCGGCUAACUUUUCAACUCUGAACAUAUCCCUCCGUAGCAGCGGCUCCACUUUCUCAGCUCCUCCUUCUAAAUCUGCUCCGCAUUCUUUUCAUAGCGCUUUAGCUCUAGCCGCUGCUCACCAUACCCCUCAUCCUUUUGAAGAAGGAUUCUCGCACAUGCUAGGGUUUCAUCAUAAUGCUCAUCUCCUGACGCAAAAUCCAAUCGCAGAAUCAAUACCCGGAGUUGGAGGUGGAGGUGGUGGUAGCAGCGGCGAUGGUGGUGGUGGAGGUGGAAGUGGACAAGAGGGGGCGGAUAAUUACCUUCGGAAAAGAUACCGAGAGGAUUUGUUCAAAGAGGAAGGUUCAAGUAAUCCACCAGGAGAAGCUUCUGGAGGAUCUGGUUCACCUUCGAAUAAGCAAUUCAAGGGAAAUUCAUCCCAAUUGCCUAAUAAGCCUAAUUCCCAAGAAGGUGGUGUAGCUGGACCAUCGUCUAAUAUGCUUCGGCAUACUAAUAUGAUGCAAGCUACUGGCUUAUGGGCGGUGGCACCACCGCCCAGCAGCGGAACGACUGGCAGUCCCUUCUGGAUGUUGCCGGUCACAGCUAGUGGGAGUGGACAGACUAUGUCCGCUCCCAUGGCAAGUACAUCAGGAACUACAACACUGGAGUCUCAAAUGUGGCCUUUCCCUAUGGGAAGCUCAAACACUAUUCAAGCGCCAUUACAUUUCAUGCCUAGGUUUAAUAUCCCACCAAAUCUCGAAUUUCAAAGUGGGAGAGGAAACCCAUUACAACUAGGCUCAAUGCUAAUGCAGCAGCAACAACCAUCUCAACAUCUUGGGUUGGGAAUGUCUGAAACCAAUUUGGGCAUGCUAGCCGCCCUUAAUGCGUAUUCAAGAGGUGGUUUGAAUAUGAAUUCAGACCAUCAACAAAGUCACUCAUUGGAUCAUCACCAGCAGCAGCAACAACAACAACAGCAGCAUCAUCAACCUCAACCUACAGAUAGCGAAGAAGAUGAUCCAAACAACUCUCAGUAAAAUCUAUAAUAUUGGAUUUAAAUUACUAAAGUGUGAUGGAAUGAGAGUGCUCGAAAGAUUCAUUUCAUGGAAGACAGACAGAGAGGUAUAUGUUAGUUGUCAUUUGGUUUUGUCUGUCAUUAUUACCUUUUAUUUUUUGUUUGUUUUGGAGAACCUUUUGCUAGAGAGUUGUGAAGGAUUUGAAUUGUAUUUUGUUAGUUUUGGUCCUUUGGGACAUUAGCUAGGAGUGAAGAGAGAGAGAGAGAGAUUUGUAUAGGAGGAUUAUAUAUUUUGCUGUUGUGUGUAUGAAAAAAAAUGCAAAAAAAAAACAGUUUCAAGAAAAGAAAAAUUACCAAGUA